GAACACUUUUGCUUAAAGUUACUUAACCGAGAAAUGUAAUUGCACAAAAUGGUGAAAAAGGGAUUCAUUAUUAUUGCCGCUUUCGCUGCGCUCGCGCUGGCUAGCGAAGAAGACAACGAGCAGAAAAAAAGAGGAGCAGGGAAGGCGAAUACUUUAAACGCGAUUCCUACAGGAGCACAAAAGCCCGACUACACUUACAGCAUUUACGCCCAAACGCCUAGUGCACAGAGUAGCCCUAGUCAGUCCUAUCAAAGCCAAGUCCCCAAUUCCUUCUAUCCUAAUCAAAUCGCAAGCCAAUACUAUACCCCGUCUAACAAUCCUGAUCCAUCCACGUCAAACUCUCUUCAUACUCAAGUGAAUCCAAAUAUCAACUCGCAAAUCGCUCAACCCACUCAAUCUCACUUCGUUCCUAUUAACUUCAUUCCAAAUCCAGGUUAUCAAUCGAAAUACCAAAUUCCAUCUCCUAAACCAACUGGGAACUUGCAGUUAGCUUUUAUUCAGCAGCCCAGUAUCCAACCUUCGCCAAUAAUACAAUAUCCUCAUUCUUUUUUCUCACCGAGCCAUUCCAAUCAUAUUGCUCCUCAAAGCGCAAUAUUUGGUUCGCCAAGCCAUUUUAGUUUUGCUCCGGCCUUGCAGCCCUUAUCAUUAGGAGGUUCCUUCCUAGGUCAACCGUCAAUGGUUGUGCUUCCUCAGACCCAUGCCGGCUUGUACAACAAUUUAGUGUACCCUAACCCGACUCAAAGUUUCUAUAACUAUUACCCAUCAACUUCACAAGCGAAGUAUAGCUACGCAUCAGGGCCGCCUAUAUCACAGUCUACUGAUCAAGCCCAAAGCACCAUUCCUCAAUCUGUCACAAAAGAAGACAAUAUAAUUUCACAGAGCAAUGAAUAUUCUCCUUCGGACACCAGUUCCGGUUUUAAAAACUCUUACACCAGAAGUACUUACUCCAAACUUUGA